GGGGGCAAAGGCACAUUCCAAGGCAGAACGGCUGCCAGUGAAGGUGGAAGACACGAACAGUCUCUCACGAUAUUGCGCUCCGUUCCUAUCCCAGGUUGCUUCCUUUCUUCCAGAGUGCUCGUCGUUUUCCCCGUGGGACCGUGUCGUGUGUGCCGUGCCGUGCCGUGCCGUGCCGUGCUGCAUCGUACAGUGCAAGUGCCGUUCCUUCCUUCCUUCCUUCCUUCCUUUCUUCUUUCUUUCCUUCAUGUUGUACGAGACGCGACGCGAUGCGAGCCGACUCUCGGAAUCGAAUUAACGAGAAUUCGCGGUCGAGGCUGAGGAGAGAGGCAACAUGCAUGGGAUAGAGUGUUCCGCGGCAAAGCGCACCGGGUGUACGUGUACGCUCGUCUUUUUUGGCGCCACGCGUGUCGUUCAACGUUUCGAAAAUGCUCACGCCUACUUACGCGCCACGGUAUUCCAGUGGGAAGAGCAAGGAGCAGAGAGUUCGUGUCGAAAAUAGACAUUUGCCUCGUGUUCAGAUCCGUGGCCCGAUCGUCGGGCAUGCGGAAGGAGCGUCACCGGGAGACAGUGAUUGAGAGGAUCCGGCAGACGGGGAGCACUUGAAUAUUCGAUCGCGCAGGUCCCAUUACGAUGUCCCAACCGCAAUUAACCACGGAUCUGGACGUUGCGGAAAAUCCGCAACACUCUUGCCAGUGCUCCGCGAUGAGCAGCAUGGAUUCCAUGAGAGCGCAGAGGGACAGAGCGGAGCGGAGCGUGGGAAGUACAAGAAUUUCCAACAACCAAGAACUGCCGAGGGGUUUGGAGGCGCUUCAGAGCGCUUUCGAGCCGAUAAGAAGGCUGGAGAGCCCGUUGUCUCAUCAUCAUCAGGAAAGCCAACAGAUGAAUUUGGAGAAUAGCAGGGGGGUGGACAUGUUGGAGCAUCAGGCGGGGUUGUCGCCGAACGCAAGAACGAUGGAGGGCCAGGGCGCGAUUCUGUCGAGACACGGUCACAAUAUUUCGUGCAGCCCGGGAAGGAACUUGGAUCUUUCCCGAAACUUGGCGUUCGAGGCGGCGCGGAGAGUUCAGGAAUCCGGCAACUUGCAGGAUAACCAGCACAGCCUAACUUCCAGCCCCAGCCCUUUGUUGGAGUCGGGCGCAGCUCUGCUCGAUACGUCCGCCAAAGAUCUGGACAAGCAGCUCGAGGAACACGCUGGACAAUUGUCGCAGAAACCUGCCGCCGCGGGCAAAGACAAGCUGAAGAACAUUCAGCAAGUUCUGAAUCCUUAUCAACAUCAUCACGAGCCGACCGCGGCCGAGCGCACGGCCGUCCACGGACAUUUCCACGGCGACGCGCACGCGCACGUGCACAAGCACGCCGACAAUUUCCGUGGGCCCGCGAAUUUGGACGUCGGGGACGGACUGAUGGGAGGAUUUCAGCAACACCAGCGACAACACACCCACCAUCAUCACGGGAACGCGAAAGCCGCGAGCGUGGCCCACCAUCACGGGCCAACGGGCGCCGUGCACCACUCCCACGGGCCCCAACCUAUGCCGGGCCACCAUCACGCGCCCCCCCUCACCAGCCACGUGCACGGAAACGUGUCCGGCGUCCCUCUGGCCGGGCCCGCGUCGAGUCAAAAUCCGACGGGAAAUCCGAGCGGCCAUCACCACCCGAAUCCCUUGCCGACCUCCACCACCAUGGUCCACAGAAACUCGCCGACCAACCAUCAUCGGCUCGCCGGUGGUGGAGCCGCGCUUGCCGCUCAUUAUCCCUCGAACUCGGGUUUCUCCAGCGAUCACCACGGCACCUCGAGCGCGAUGAGCGGCGCUUCCUCCAACUCGAGCAUGUUGAACCACGGAGGGUCGCCGGCGGUUCACAGGCACGUGGUGAACGCGAACAGCAGUCUGUCGACCACGCCGCUCGCUAGCCAUCAUCAUGGCAGUUCGUCGGGAAGUUUGACCGGGCAUUCCAGCGUGAAUCAUCAUCACGUUAGUUCUGGGAUAUCCUGUGAGUCUUCCUCGUCAAACGCCAAUACGAGAACGCAUAGUCGUUUAGAUCACGUCCACGAUCAUCAUCAUCAUUUACAACAAGUGCAUUCGUUGCACCCUAGCCACCCGGACGCCCGGCAAAGGGACAGAGCUCCGUCGAGCCUCGAGCAUCACGGCCAUCAUCACGGCCACGUGCACGCCCACGGCCAUCAGCAUCCGCAGAAUAACGAUACCAAAAAUACGUCCAUCAUCGGGGUCGACUCGAUACAGGUGUCGGCCCCUUCGAAAAGUAAGUGUCAAUGUCACGUGGUGCAAGCUGGAGGAGGAAACAAGAGAGGACAGGAGGGCGAAAGCGACGGAGGUGUCGAGGUAACAUCAAGAACGCAUCAACCCCCCGCGCUACCUCCGCGGCCACCUCCUAGGCCAACCAGACGAUACGAAACAACGUCCGUCGAUCAAUGCCACACGGGGGAAGGUGGUUGCUGCAAGAAGUACGUUGUCCUUUGUUGCCUUUGUGGCGGGCUGAGCGCUGCGGUUGGCAGUCUCUUUUUGGCGGUGCACGCGGUCCUUUCAGCCCACACGGCCAGCCUGGCUCUCUUUGAGACUGUACCAUCCUACAUUCCUGGCAUAAUGUUAAUCCUAAUGGGCCUGUUCACGAUGUUGCUCGCAAGACGGAAACACAGAUACGGACUUUUGAUGAAAGUGUGCGGUUCCGUAGGGGUGGUGUGCGCGUUGGUAUGCGUGCUCGUCACAGUUACGACGACGGUGAUACACAUGUCCCGGCUUCAAGGCCUUCGAAAAUGCGUUUACACGGUGAAAGCGAGGUCGUGCACGUGUUACGGGGCGCCCGAAGGAGAUCCAGGAGUUCUCUUCGAAGGUACGCCCCACUGCGAGGCGGUGCACGGCGCCCUGCACGCCUGCCUCAGAGCCCUGUUCGGCGUCUCGGUGGCCGGUAUCCUGGCCUGCAUAUUUUCGUGCAUGCUCGUUUACCAGCUAUUGAGUCACGAGAAGAAGAAGAUGUAUUGGGAACAGUUGGAAUUGAGGUGCAGGUCGUUGUACGGGCAAGGAGGAGGCGUUGGACCGGCGGGCGGAUCGUGCGGUUGCUGCAACGAUUGCGGCGGCGCAAGCCCUUGGUGGGCCCAGACACCGGGAAACCUUUACACGCCGAAUCCCGACUUGGCGCCGUCCAGGAGAUGGCGGCUGCCUUGGUCCAGAUCCAGAGGUCCAGCACCGAGCCCAGAUUCGAAUUAUGGGUUUCACACUCAGGCAAGACAGACGGAGGCCAACGUGGAGAGCACGAACGGCCCUUACAGCGUUCUUAAUUCCCAAUCGAGUGGCCCCUACUCCGUUUUGAACACGCAGAACGGCCCGUACACCCCGAGCACGGCAUCUUACAGCGUUCUGGAGACCCCGGUUCCGCUGUGGGGGCCGCCACCACCUUACAGCGACCCCAACAGCCCCGCUAGACGGCCCCAAGUAGCCGAACAAAGGCCCAGAAUCGCGAAACGAAUAGAGAACUUCGAGAACAAUGAGGAUCACAGAUCAAGGGCAGCGAAACGGCCCUCGGACAAUUACGAAAAUGCCGAGGAGAUAUCGAACAGCACCGAUCCGGAGGGGGGGAACGAAGGCACGAUGAAGGGUAGACGGGCGAGGAAGCCUCUGAAGGGCGUGGAGAACGGGGCUUUCCAACAGGAGGCGAACGCCGGACCGAAACAGUCGGAGAGCGAAUUAUAUUUCGGCGACGUGUCCUCGUGUUGCGGACCCGAAAGCAGCUUCUACGAUUUGGCGGUGGAGAAGGAAGGCACGGAGCAUUCCGAGGGGGUUGACUACUUGGCGGCGCGUCUAGGGAAGCGGCAAUUGUCCAAGAGAUCGCGAAUGCCUCUCCCGCUGCCGUCGGACGGCGGUGACAUUCCGUCCGACAAUUACGCGAACAGCGACGAACCCAGAAGCGCGAGAGGCCCGUACCUCGCGCCCGACGCGCAGUACGAGGUGAUUCAGCAGGGCCGUUACUCUUAUUACGCGGCGUCGAAGGACGACGAACAGCUUCAGGAAGGGCCGGCCACUUCGGGCUACUUCAGAGAGGAGGAGGCCGAGAGAGGGAGGGAUUACAGGGACUACAGGGGCGGCCAGCAGGAAGAGGAGACGCCCCAGUGUUGCCUGAGCGACUCGACCACGUUGGACUCGGGUUGGCAAAGUGGCGAGCAACAGCAAUCCGAUGAUAACGUUAGACCGGUCAACGUGUGAUUUGUCGCUCGGACGGAAAAACGGAUUGAAUUGGACGUGGAAGGGAGGGGGGAAUAAAAGAGACCUCGUGAGGGAGACCUCGAUUCAUCGUACAAUUUACUAUAUUUUGAUUUGUGUGCGUGUGUGAGAGAGAGAGAGAGAGAGGAUCGUUGAAAAUUGCGCAUCACGUAGACUUUUUUUGUAUUUAUACGCCAUGGAGGUGUUCUUGCGAAACGGAUCUAUCUACUUUAACCAGCCGUUAAACAGAACUAGGGAAAUUGUCCACAUUAGAAUAGAAAGGAUUGCGGCGAAGAGUGCAAAAAUUUAUCGUAUUUAAAGGUAAAAAUAGAACGUAAGCGAUGUGAUUUGUGGUACAGUACAGCUUAAAGCGUAAACCUUGAUUAUUAUAGAGCGUAACGAUCGGAAUAUAGAUAUAAAGAAUAUAUUGGAUCGUGCUUUUCUCACGAUUAUUAUUAUUAUUAUUAUUAUUAUUAUUAUUAUUAUUAUUAUUAUUAUUACUAUUAAUAUUAAUAUUAAUACAAGUCUGAAAGGGGGUUAGAAAAAGAGUAGACUAUAUGUGAAAGAAUAAUCGUGCGAGAGAUCCUGCGUAACGAUGUAUUUUUAUUAAUUAAACGAUGUCGCCCGUGUUGUUCGUAAUGUUAACCGCUAAGAAAUUGUGUGUUGGUAAAAAAAAAAGAAAAAGCGAGAAAGAGUUAAAUUUAGUCUCGUGUCGCGAUGUGUCGAAGAAAAGGUCUCUGAAAAAAAGAGAAAAGAAAAAAAAAGAUACGAAAGUUGUUG